GUUCCUGUCUAAGAUCAGCGGAGGUUCAAGGGUCUGAUGAGUGCAGACCCUAACCCCAGGCAUCCCCAGCACUGCAGGAUGAAGGGGCAGUGAGGGAGCAGUGACGCCGGACCGAUUUAUUAGACACACACCCCUUGCAAGGACUUGUCCUCCUAGAUCCUCUCUCUCCUCACUGGUACCCAAGUAGACCUGGAUGCCCGGUGCACCGCUUGCCCGUGUUAUGCCAAUAAUCAUCAGGGCAGCUGACAGUCCCUCGGUGAUUCUAGUGCCAGCUUCUAUUUCUCAGCCUGACUCACAACAGCUGCAUCUUGGAGGGCUUUUAUCAAUGCAAUCCUGAAGACUUUAGCCAUGGAUCGACAGCAUCUAAGCAGGUUAACAAUGCUUGGAAUAUGGCUCGUUGUCUCUGGGACCAUCAGCAUAGCAUCUGCUGCAGGCUCAGAAGAAAGUGUGAAGCCUCUGCAUAUCCACAGACACCAGACCGGUCUAGUCAAAUGUGGGCUGGCCCAAUCAGUGGCUCUUCCUUGCCUUUUCCAGUUGCGGUCUUCUCAAUCCCAGCAAGGCCUGGAUGCCAGUCUAGAGUCCCCACGUAUUAAGUGGAGUCGUAUACAGCCUGGGUCAGACCAGAAAGAGGUGGCUGUGUUGGUUGCACGUGAGAAUGUGGUUAAGGUGGCUCGUGGUUAUGAGGGAAGAGUAUCACUCCCUGGAUACCCUCACAACCGCUUCAAUGCCACAUUGGUUUUGUCCUCUGCUCGCUCCAGUGACUCAGGAGUAUACCGUUGCGAGGUGGUCCUCGGGAUAGAUGAUGAGCAAGAUACUGUGCCUUUGGAAGUAACUGGACUCGUUUUCCAUUAUCGGGCCGCCAGCAACAGGUAUGCUCUGACAUUCCCGGAGGCUGUGCUUUCCUGCCAAGAGAACUCUGCUUUUAUUGCCACUCCAGAACAGCUGCAAGCCGCGUUCGAGGAUGGUUUGGACAACUGCGAUGCGGGCUGGCUAUCUGAUAAAACCGUAAGGUACCCAAUCAAAACACCUAGACCUGGCUGUUAUGGUGAUAGGAAUAACCUUCCAGGUGUUAGAACGUAUGGAGAACGGGAUCCACAGGAAACAUAUGAUGUUUAUUGUUAUACUAAGAACUCCCUAGGUGAUGUAUAUUAUGUUCCUGAGAGACGCUCCCUUGGUGGCGCCAGAACGUUGUGUCUGCAAGACGGGGCAUCACUGGCAACUGUGGGACAGCUAUACUCAGCUUGGAGGAAGGGUUUUGACCAGUGUGACCCAGGAUGGCUGGCAGACAGCAGUGUACGCUACCCAAUAAGGAACCCUCGAAGAAAUUGUGGUGGAGAGGAACCUGGUGUGCGGACCCUUUACCAGUACCCAAAUCGGACAGGAUUCCCAAAUCCAACCAGGAAGUUUGGAGCAUACUGCUACAGAGCUCUUCAAGCAACAGCCCCAACCCUAUUGGGGAAUGAACCUCAAGGGCCAGCCUUCAUGCCACAAGAGGACCUCGGGCUGAUAAACCAAGAGCUUCAAAGUCAAAAGACUGGACAGGAAAUACAAUUGAAAUUUAAUAAUGCUCUUCCUGCCAUCGUCAAGCUAAUGUCUACUACAAGUCAUGGGUUAUUUCAAAUGGAAAGCAGUGAUCCAGUAACACCCAGGGACUCAAAGGGAAUUGAAAAGGAGAUCAAUGUCUUAUCUUCACAGCUGCUUCUCCAGGCAUCAGACACAGAAAAUAAACAACAGACUGUGACCAGUGGACCACUUGAAGGAGGUUAUUUCCAUAACGUAGAGUCAGAAACAUUGGCUGCAACAGAAAUGUUAGUGUUAAAAGGAACAGCCAUACAUAAAAUACAAGAUAUAAAACCAACUAUAGUCUCUGUUAAAAAGAAAGGAAGACAAUCAGCUGCUCCUAGGGGAAGGGAGGAGGACUGGUCAUUAAAUUUGGUGGAUAGGGAGUCCAAGUCACAACAGAACCCUUGGCAAAUUGUCAAACACUCAGAGACAGAUUCAUCAGAACAGUCUCCAGGCAUUGAACAGUCAUUAGAAAGGCAUCCUUUGGUCAAACAUACCAAUGUAAUAUCUGAGGAUGUCCGAAAUUCACCUCAGUUUCCUUCGUUGUUAGAUCAUAUAAGGAACCUGCCUACAGAAUCAUCUCCAUCUAAAGUCUUUGAACUUACAACACUUCCAGAAAAUGAGGCGCAAAGAACAGAGGUUUAUACUGUGUCAAACCAAGGUUCAUUUGAGAAGCCUAACUUUCAUAGAGAAGCCGAUUCUUCUAACCACACCUAUAUAGAUCUCCACCAGCACAAUACACAAAAUCAGUUCAGUAAAUCACAGUCGAAUCUCCAUACUGAGGAUGAGAAGGAGCUGCUACGAACACAUCACGAGAAAAGCAACCUGCUAGAAAACAGUGUGGAACUCACUACAGAUAUUCAUCACAGCACUGUCCACUUUAAUCAUGGACAUUUUGCACCAUUGUCCAAUGAAGUAAAAGUGGAUAGAAAUCAAAGACUGACAAACCUGGGGGAUCAGGAGAAAACAGACAACUUGACAUCUACUGCAAUUUAUCCGGACACGGGUGGUGUUGAUGACAAUAAACACCAAGAACAGACGUCAGUUCCAGAUACAUUCAGCUCCAUUACAUCAACUACAAGCUACCUCCUAGGUAAUGGAAUGGUGGAUGCUUAUCAUCCAGCAGUAUGGGAUAGGAAAACAGAAUUCUCCAGUGAAGACAAAGAACAGCCAUCGACUGUGACAGUAUCAAUGACAGAAGAGGAAAUUGGCAGACAGAUUGACAGAUUGGCAUUAGGAACAAGUCAAAAAAAUCCUAAACGUCUUGAAAAUGUAAAACAGAGGGAUGAAGAAUCUGUUUCAUCUUUCAGCGAAAGAUCUAAGUUAACAUUGGAGAAGUCUCACAAGAACCUAGCAGUACAGAAUAGGGAAGAUGCUGAGGGGGUUUCAGGGGAUACCAAUGCUAGCAACAGCAUGGCUGAAGCUCAGGCAAAAAUAUCACAAUUCCCUAGCACUCCUACUCCAACUCUGGGAGCUCAGUAUUCAGAUGACUUUUUCUUUCCAAGUAUAGAUAUUUCCAAAACAGAAGCAAGCGUGAAUAAAGUGAAAUUAGACGAAAGAGAGGAUGAACCGUAUGUUAAUUUUCAGGAAAGGCAAGGAAAAGAGAUUACUUUCUCUGAAAAACUGGCUUCUGCUGUAAAAAAAGUCACAGAAAAGUCAGAUGUCUACGAGGCCACCAUACGCACACUGAAUGAGCUACCCACCACUUCUCCACAUUCAGGUUUUGAUAAGCCUAUCCAAAACAUAAAAGGUGAAAUUGCCAGCAAGAAAGAUCAGGAUUUGGUUACAAAAGCAAGUGGCCAGAAUCCAGAUACAGUAGGUUUUAGUAGAGCAGACACAUUACCAUCUUUGUUCCUUCCCUCUGCUACAGAAAUGACAAAAAACACAGACUUCCUACAUGUACAAAGUUAUAGCUUAUACACUGAGAAGGCAAAGCAUGUCCUAAGUACCCACACAUCAUCUGGCAUCAAAAACUAUGAAACUCCAGGGGAAACAAGACUAUUGGCUGCUCAGGUCACUCUGACAGAGCCAACCCAUAUUUUGUCUUUGACAAAUCAAUACAACCAGGACAAAAUUACUGAAGCCUUACACUCAACCAGUAAAGAUUCUCAGAGAGUUGCUGCAGAGGCUCAAAUCUGGACCACAACAACACCCAUUAUUACACACAUACUUGAAACUAUUGAUAACUUGCCAGUAUCUGACUCCAUAACUGAGAGCUACAAAUUGUCAUCAGAAUAUGGAAAAAUUGAAGCGGCCCAUGGGACAUCAAUACCCAUUACUGAGUUUGAACUUUAUGGACCAAAAGCAGAUUCAAAAUUAUUUAGGCAGAAUUAUAGAAAUGGUCAACCAGAAGUUCCCAGUAGAGAAUCAGAAAACAUGGUGAAGCAAGUAGUCACACCAAGAUCAUUGCAAAAACCCAGCCAUCUACUACUACAAGCCACUGUGGGUUCCAGUGAAGAACAAGAGCUCAGUGUCCUGGGUUCUUCUGUCCGUCCUUCCAAUGCACCUAUCACUCAUUCUAUCAGCUCUGUUCUACGUCCAGUCUUGUCUGUACCAGAAAACACAGAAAGGUCACGGAUUGAAGAGGUAUGGUCUAGGGACAAAGGUGAAGACCUGGGUAGUGGAGGAGAAGAGGACAGUGAACAGUGGCUGAUGGAGGAUCGUACAAGUGCUCAGGGGGAGCCGCAGCCUUGUUCACACAAUCCUUGCCUACACAUGGGGAGCUGUCACUCUAAUGGGAGCACAUACAGCUGCAUCUGCCACAAAGGUUACACAGGGGAGAACUGCGAAAUAGACAUUGAUGAAUGCUUAUCCAACCCCUGUCAGAACGGAGGAACCUGCAUUGACGAAAUCAAUUCCUUCCUAUGUCUAUGUCUGCCAAGUUACGGAGGGAGCACAUGUGGCAAAGACACUGAGGGCUGUGACCACAACUGGCACAAGUUUCAGGGUUCCUGCUAUCGUUACUUCCCCCAGCGGAGGCCAUGGGAGGAGGCAGAGAGGGAUUGCCGCCGACGGGCUGGGCACUUGACCAGCAUUCAUUCCCCAGAGGAGCAGGCAUUCAUUAACAACUUUGGCCGUGAAAAUACCUGGAUUGGUUUGAACGACAGGACAGUGGAACGAGAUUUCCAGUGGACUGAUAAUACAGCACUGCAAUAUGACAGCUGGCAGAGCCAUCAACCAGAUAAUUUCUUUGCUGGAGGAGAGGACUGCGUGGUUAUGGUUUCACACGAAGAGGGCAAGUGGAAUGAUGUGCCGUGUAACUACAAAUUACCUUAUAUCUGCAAGAAAGGAACAGUUCUUUGUAGUUCACCUCCUGUGGUGAGAGAUGCGUAUCUAGUUGGCAAGAGAAGGGAGAAGUAUAGCAUCCAUUCUACCGUACGUUACCAGUGCCAAGAGGGAUUUGUCCAAAGACACAUACCAACUAUCAAGUGUCACCGGAACGGGAGAUGGGACAGACCAAGGAUUCUUUGUGUUAAACCAAGAAGACAUCACAGGACAAGGAGACACCACCACCAACAUUGGCAUCACCCACACAAGCUGCAUCGCCACCACAACCAUCACCGCAAUCACCACCAACACCAGCACAAAUCUCACCGGGAGCGGAGGAAAGAGGAUCGACACCCACACCAGCGGAACAAGGACACCUACUAUUAGUCCAAAUCUCCCGUUCCCUAUCACCCAUGCAUUCCACCUCCUGCUAAUAAAAUACAACAUUUUGUGGUGCCAUCCAGUGCUGGGAGAAACAACACACUUAUGUCCAGAUUCAUUUAAGGCUCAUUUUUUAUAUUAAAUACAUUUCUUGCUCAAAAACAAGGUUGGAUAUAAUACAGAACCAAUUUCCUUCUUAAAUCUGAUGGUGUCCUACUUAUGUCCUGGUUCCCUGUAACAUAAUUCUGUAGCCAGACUACUCUGAAAGGACAGAAAUCC